AUGUCGACGAGUUAUAGUCCUUCGAGAAGCCCAGCGAGCUCGAGAUUUCUGUUGGGUGGUGUUGGUGCAGCAUCGAGGCUGAGAUCUUCGUCGCUCAAGAAGCAGCCGGAGCCUCUCCGCCGUGCUGUCGCCGACUGCCUGUCAUCUUCGACCACAUCCCAACAUUCAACCUCCUCGGCUCUUGCCUCAGAACCUUCGCGGACUCUCCGGGACUAUCUGGCAGCACAUAAAACAACUGAUUUGGCUUACAGUGUGAUUCUAGAGCAUACACUUGCUGAAAGAGAGCGCAGCCCAGCAGUAGUUGCAAGGUGUGUCGCGCUCUUGAGACGGUUCCUUUUGCGAUAUAAACCGAGCGAGGAAACAUUACAACAGAUUGAUCGGUUUUGCAUUAACAUAAUUGCUGAGUGUGAGACUAGUCCAAACCGAAAAUCGUUACCAUGGUCACGAUCUUUGAGUCAACAAUCUGCGGUGUCACCAGCAUCAACGAAUACAUCUCCUUUACCUGUGUCAAGUUUUGCAUCGGGAGCACUUGUCAAGUCAUUAAUUUAUGUCCGUUCUCUAGUGGCUCAACAUAUUCCAAAGCGGUCAUUUCAACCAGCAUCUUUUGCUGGAGCCCCACCCACAUCAAGACAAUCACUUCCAACAUUAUCAUCUUUGUUGAGCAGGUCCUUCAACUCCCAAUUAAGCCCUGCAAAUGUUAAAGAAUCUACAGAGAACAAAGAGAAAUCUGCUAUAUCUGUAUUAGACUCUUCAAUUCCUGAAGAAAUAGAUGGACCAGAGGAUCUUGAUUUCAUAGCCCCGGAUGUUAUCAAAUGGCGCUGGUGUGGAGACCAACAAUCAUCAUUGCUUUCACUGGAAAGUGAUCGUGUUCUGAAUUCCCAAGACAUGAGUAAACAUAAUUUCCUCGAAGUAGGUGCGGCAGCUCUUCUUAUAGGGGACAUGGAAGCUAGAAUGAAGGGUGAACCUUGGCGAAUUUUUGGGACUUCUGAUAUGCGUUAUCUUGAUCAACUGCUGCAGCCUUCAUUGCUCACAACUGUCACCAAUUCAGCCUCUGCUCGUGCCCACUUGAGAGCCAUAACAGCAUCUAAGCGCUCUAAACCAGGCGCCAAUCAAAUUUGGGAAGAUUCACCUGUGGGUACCUUCCGACCACGUACUCGACAACUUUUCCAAUACCGUCAUUACAGUGAACAACAACCUUUACGGUUAAACCCAGUGGAGGUAGGUGAAGUUAUUGCUGCGGUUUGCUCAGAAACAUCUUCAUCAACAGCUAAUCUCAUGACAGUCUCAUCUAAAUUCACUAAUAAUAGUGGCAAACCAUCAAUGGACGUGGCUGUGAGCGUUCUUGUCAAACUUGUAAUUGACAUGUAUGUUUUGGAUUCUGGGACUGCUGCUCCUCUCACUUUAUCCAUGCUUGAGGAAAUGGUUAAUUCUCCAAGAUUAGUCUCAAAAGCCCGGGCUUUUGAUUUAAUCUUAAAUCUUGGGGUUCAUGCUCAUUUAUUGGAGCCACUAGUACCUGGUGAUGGAUCCACUAUUGAAGAAGAGUAUUCUCAGGAUCCAUACUUUGACAAUGAAGUGCAACUUGCCACCCAAGGAAAGAGAAAACCAGAUUAUUUUAAGAAGAUGGGAAAUUCCUCUGCUAUUGAAAAAUUCGAGAUUUGGAUUUUGAGCAUUCUGUAUGAGAUUCUUCUUCAUCUUGUUCAGAUGGAAGAGAAGGAAGAAUCUGUAUGGGCUUCUGCCCUGAGCUGUUUACUUUAUUUUGUCUGUGAUAGACGACAAAUUCGGAGGAGCAGAUUAAAAGGUCUUGACAUAAGAGUUAUUAAGAUGCUUGUACAGAUCAGCAGGAGGAAUUCCUGGGCAGAAUUACUUCACUGCAAACUUAUUUGCAUGUUGACGAACAUGUUUUAUCAAGUUCCUGAUGGGUCUGCUGAAGCUGUUUCAAAUACCCCAUUGUUUCUUGUUGAGCAGGUUGAUUUGAUAGGAGGAAUUGAGUUUAUUUUCAUGGAGUUAGUGCUGUCAAACUCAAGGGAGGAAAGGAGAAAUGUAUACCUGGUUCUUUUUGACUAUGUUUUGCAUCAAAUAAAUGAGAGAUGCAUAGCUAUCGGGGUUUCUGAAUAUAGUGAUGAUGAGAUUCGACCUAUUGCAAUCUUGCUCAGUCUUGCAGAUGCACCUGAAGCUUUACACAUUUCUGUGAAGCUUGGCGUGGAAGGCAUUGGUGAGCUUUUGAGAAGAUCAAUUUCUGCUGCAUUGUCCAGAUAUCCCAAUAGUGAUCGACUAAACAUGGUAAGACCUGAAUAUUUUGUGCUGGCAUACCAGAGUUUCGUGCUUUUUAUUUUUGUUGAACAGGACAUGGAGAGAUCAAAUUAG